CAAAAAAGUAUACUUUACUAUCUCAUAUUUAAAAAAUUGUAUUUCAACCCUCAGGCCAAAUUCAAGAUUCCAUCACCUCUGUGGAUUUCUUUUAACUCCCUUGUCGCUCCUAGAUUAUUCAGCUUUUAUUAUUGCUGAUUUUAGUCCCUUCAUUAAAAUGUGAUGCAUGAAUAAAUGAAAAAAGUACAUUUCUGUCAAAUGACUCUACUCACCAGGCUUGUCUUUCUGUUUAUGACAUCAUUUUUUAUUGCCUGGAAUAAUUUUCCCUCACAUACUGGCUUUGCUGAUACAUUUAGAAUUAUCUCAUAGAAUAAAAUCUAAAUGCACAACAUACAAGAAACAUAACUCUAAAUUAGAAAACCCUAUGUUUCCCCAAAAUCUUCUAGUUAUAGCAUAUCAUUUUGUGGAAUUCAUAUAUGGAUAAACCUUUCCUGUGAUCUGAUUUUCUCACUUCCUCAGAGUCUUUGCCAAAUGCCACUAGAUGUGUGAGGUUUCUCUUGACUACUCUGUUCAAAGUUGAACAUGCUCGUGCAGUUCAAACACCUUUCUUUGACUUACUUUUCUCUGAAGCAUUUAACCUCUUAUGACAUAAAUUUGUUUAUAUGUCAUCAUCUGAUCGCACUCACUAUGACCUGUGUGGGCAUGGGCCUUCUUUGUUCCAAUUAUUGUGGUAGCCACAAUACUGAACACAUAGGCUUCAUAAGUGUUUCUUGAAAGCAUGCAUCUCAUGCUUUUCUGAAGUUCUGUUUUUCUUUGUACUUAUUCUCCAGAGGAGAUAUUUAUUGUGUUAGUGUCCUAGGAAUGAGAAUACAGAGUAUCACAAACUGGUUACCUAAAACAGAAGAAAUUUGUUCUCUCAUAGUUCUGGAGGCUAGAAAUCUGAAAUCAAGUUGUCAGCAGGGUUAGUUAUUUCUGAGGGCUCUAAGAGGAGGAAUCUCUCCCAUUCCUUUCUCCGAGGUUCUUGUUAUAACUAACAGUUGUUGGCAUUUCUUGGUUUGUAGAUACAUCACUCCAAUCCCUGCCUCCCCCAUCCCAUGGUAUCCUCAGUGUCUCAGUCUUCACAUGGCCAUCCCCUUAUCAGAACAUGAGUCAUAUUGGAUUAGAGAGGCACACUAUGCUCCAAUAUGACCUCACCUUAACUAAUUACAGUCUUUAUGUUUUUCCAAACAAGCUCACAUCAUGAAUAUCCUUUUGACAAAAAAUAAAAUUCAAUCCAUAAGACAGGGCUAUAGAAAAAAGGGCCUAGAUUUUAGAUUUGUAUAAUUGAAAAUCCUUUCUGUGUGUCUACUUAGUGUAUAGAAAACUUACAAUGAGGAGUAGAUCAAAUACUCUAAACUGUAAAGUAAUAGGCAACCAAACAGUUUCUGUUAACACUGGUAGAAAAGUCCCUACUAUCAUGUGAACAAAGGCACAAAUUUAUUUUCAGUUUCUAGUAUUGUGUUGGUCACAUGCUGACUGAAGCUGAAUUUCUCUAUCAAUUUAUCUGUAAAAGACUUCUGAUUUCUUAGGAAACAUCUGUUUGCAUUGGAGACAUAUUCUUUUUGGAAAAACUCCAUCAAUAACAUAUUAAAUAUUGUUAUUCUAAUGUUUCAAUUGAGAAAAAGGACACUCAGAAGAGAAACGUUGGAAAAGCUCCAUAAUUUCGUAAGUGAGGCAGUGCUGAAAGAACACAUUUUGUUGUAAGUCUAUACUUUUUGAACUUUUAGUUUUUUACUUCUGGUUAUAGUGUAUUGAUCACUGACCUGAAAAAUUUACCACAAUCACAUGCUUUAUAAGGUACUGUGAAAAGUUUUACCAAAUUAAUGACCUGGUUUUGUGGUACUAGGUAAAAAACAUAUUCAUCAUGGCAUGGGAGAAUCAGACCUUCAACUCUGACUUCAUCCUCCUGGGAAUCUUUAAUCACAGCCCCACCCACAGCUUCCUCUUCUUUCUGGUCCUGGCCAUCUUUUCAGUGGCCUUCAUGGGAAACUCUGCCAUGAUUCUCCUCAUCUACCUGGAUACCCAACUCCACACCCCCAUGUACUUCCUCCUCAGCCAACUGUCCCUCAUGGACUUCAUGCUCAUCUGCACCACUGUACCCAAGAUGGCCUUCAACUACUUGUCUGGCAGCAAAUUCAUUUCUAUGGCUGGCUGUGCCACACAAAUUUUCUUCUAUGUAUUACUGCUUGGCUCUGAAUGCUUUCUGUUGGCUGUUAUGGCUUAUGACCGCUACAUUGCCGUUUGCCACCCUCUCAGAUACACCAAUCUCAUGAGACCCCAAGUUUGUGGACUUAUGGCUGCCUUCUCCUGGAUCCUGGGCUCUACAGAUGGAAUCAUUGAUGUUGUAGCUACAUUUUCCUUCUCCUGUUGUGGGUCUCGGGAAAUAGCCCAUUUCUUCUGUGACUUCCCUUCCCUACUAAUCCUCUCAUGCAGUGACACAUCAAUAUUUGAAAAGGUUCUUUUCAUCUGCUGUAUAGUAAUGGUUGUUUUCCCCGUUACAAUCAUCAUUGCUUCCUAUGCUCGAGUUAUUCUGACUGUCAUUCACAUGGGAUCUGGAGAGGGUCGUCGCAAAGCUUUUACUACCUGUUCCUCUCACCUCAUGGUGGUGGGAAUGUACUAUGGAGCAGUUUUGUUCAUGUACAUACGGCCCACAUCUGAUCGAUCCCCUAUGCAGGACAAGAUGGUGUCUGUGUUCUACACCAUCCUCACUCCCUUGCUGAAUCCCCUCAUCUACAGCCUCCGCAACAAGGAGGUGACCAGGGCAUUCAGGAAAGUGUUAGGAAAGGGCAAGUCUGGAGAGUGAGUGCUUUAUAAACUUUAUGCUUUGUUGGCUGCUAAAUUCUUUUAAAUGUCCCUUUUUUCCAUUAAGUCCUCAAAAUAACUUUCAUUUUGUACAUAAAUUUGUAAUAACAUAUA